AUGGCGCGUCUAGGCCGCGUGGGCUUCCUAGCCCUGGCGGUGGUCUUUCACCUGAUCUAUACAUAUUCAAUUUUCGAUAUUUACUUCGUCAGCCCUAUUGUGAGUGGCAUGCGAUCAUAUGGUGUUGAUCGACCCGCCGAUACUCCUGCCCCAGCUGAGCGCUUGGUCCUCUUCGUCGCCGAUGGUCUCCGCGCCGACAAGGCCUUCCAAGCUUUCCCCGACCCCUCGCCCGAGAACCCCGCCGAACAAAGCGAUGAAUUGAUUCGUUUGGCUCCCUUCAUUCGUUCAAAAGUCCUCUCAGAAGGCACCUUCGGCGUCUCCCACACCCGCGUCCCCACCGAGUCUCGCCCGGGCCAUGUUGCAUUAAUUGCGGGCCUGUAUGAGGAUGUUUCAGCUGUCACUACAGGUUGGAAGCUGAAUCCGGUCAACUUUGAUAGUGUGUUUAAUCAGAGUCGACACACAUGGAGUUGGGGAAGUCCGGACAUUCUGUUGAUGUUCAGGGAGGGUGCGGAGCCCGGCCGAGUCGUUGCGGACACAUAUGGUGAAGAGAUGGAGGACUUCAGUACCGAUGCGCCGCAUUUGGAUACAUGGGUCUUUGAUAAGGUGCAUGAGCUCUUUGAGGCUGCUAAGAGUGAUCCAGAAUUGGAUAGGAAGCUGCGUGAGGACAAGCUGGUCUUCUUCCUUCAUUUGCUGGGCUUAGAUACCACUGGCCAUGCCCAUCGACCUUAUUCCAAGGAAUACUUGAACAAUAUCAAGGUUGUGGAUCGGGGUAUCCAAGCUGUUACCAAACUUAUUGAGGACUUCUAUGCGGAUGACAAGACUGCUUUUGUCUUCACUGCGGACCAUGGUAUGAACGACUUGGGCAGCCAUGGUGAUGGUCACCCAGAUAACACACGAACCCCUCUUGUUGCAUGGGGCUCUGGUGUUGCAAAGCCAGUGUUCAAUACCCCCGGUGCUUUGACCGGGCACGAGGACGGGUUUUCUUCGGAUUGGGGAUUCGACCAAGUCCGACGACAUGACGUUGCACAGGCCGAUGUAGCUGCUCUCAUGGCCUACCUUGUGGGUUUGGAUUACCCUGUAAACUCUGUAGGUCAAUUGCCGCUGGCCUACAUUGAUGGUACUCCCAAGGAGAAGGCGCUGGCCGCCCUUGCCAACACACGGGGAGUGCUGGAGAUGUACCGUGUGAAAGAGGAGCAAAAGAGGUCAGCCAUGAUCCGUUAUGUUCCCUUUGAAGCUCUAUCAGGUGACGGUGAAACUUCCAUUGAGGGUCGCUUCGCAAACCUGAAAGCCCUCAUUUCCAAUGGGGCGUAUGAGGAAUCCAUUGCUCUGUCUUCGGAGCUGUUGGUCGUUGGUCUUGAGGGUUUGCGCUAUCUGCAGACCUAUGACUGGUUGUUCCUGCGCACCCUGGUCACUCUGGGAUAUCUUGGUUGGAUCGCUUAUUCCUUGACCACAGUGAUUGAUUUGCAUGUUUUGCAUGGAACAUCCGACUCUCACCGCACGACAGCCAGUAUUUCGUUCUUUUCGUCGAUUUUGGUGGCAUUGUUCUCCGUUUUUAUGUACCAAGGUUCUUCCUUCCGUUACUAUUUCUACGGAUUAUUCCCUGUGUACUUUUGGGAGGAGGUUUUUGCUCGCAGAAAAGCUCUCAUUGCCGGCCGUGAAAUUCUUUUUGGCCACGUUCGCUCUUUCAGUGGGUAUUUGAGCUUUGGCUUACAGUUGGUGGCUUUUAUUGGUGUAUUGGAAGCACUUGUGCAAGCUUAUUUCUACCGUGAGAUUCUAACUAUUUGCUUUGGAUUGGGGGCCGUUUGGCCCAUUGUGUACGGUUUUGGUUUCAUCCGUCAGCACAUUUUCUUGAUUGCCACAUGGGUCCUUGGCUGCACCCUCAUGGGCAUGUUCACUUUGCUGUCCGUUAUUAAAAUCGAGGACCUUGAUACUAUUACCUAUGGAGGUCUUUUGAUGUUCUUCACCGGUGUUCUUUACUUGAUGUUUGAAGAUACCAUUCUUGGGAAGAGCAGUUCUGCACCUAAAAGUCCAGGGGCAUUGAGCACUCUUGGAUCACGGGUUGUCAUGGGCACCCAGGUUGGGCUGGUUCUUCUGGCCCUCAUUGUUACCCGAUCCAGUGUCUCCUUCCUUCAGGCUCGACAGGGUCUACCUCUUGGAAAUCAAGUCGUUGGCUGGAGUGUGCUUGGCGCCUCCGUAGUUCUCCCAUUCUUCCACCGAAUCUACCCCAACAGUCACUAUCUACACCGUCUCAUGGUGAUUUUCUUGACUUUCUCCCCCGCCUUCAUUAUUCUCACAAUCUCAUGGGAGGGCUUGUUUUACUUUGUGUUCUGCAUGACUGUGCUCACAUGGGUUCGCCUUGAGCACGCCGUCUACGUUCACACCGGGCCCAAUACGACCAAGUCGUCAGAAUCUAGUAACGGAUCCGCGGUGACAGCGGAGUCCAAAUCUACCGCUUCAGCGACUGUCGACGGCCAAACCUACUACUACCGUACCCUUGCGGUCUCCGAUGCUCGCGUGGCAUUGUUCUUCCUCUUCCUUCUCCAGUCGGCAUUCUUCAGCACCGGCAAUAUCGCAUCUAUCUCCUCUUUCUCUUUGAACAGUGUCCGCCGCCUCAUCCCUGUCUUCGCGCCUUUCAGCCAAGGAGCGCUUCUGAUCUUCCAGAUCCUGAUCCCCUUUGCCAUCAUCAGUGCAAACCUGGGUAUUCUCAACCGCCGUCUGCAGGUUGGACCCAGCGCACUGUUCAUGGUAGUCAUGUCCAUUUCGGACGUGAUGACCCUGAACUUCUUCUACAUGGUGCGUGACGAGGGUUCCUGGCUAGAUAUCGGUAUGACCAUCAGCCAUUACUGCAUUGCCAGCAUCCUCUGCAUCUUUGUCGCAGGUUUGGAGUUUGUGAGUGAGCAGUUUGUUAGCGGUGUGGACUUCGGUUCCGCUGCUGCUGUUGUGGCGCGGGUGGUUAAUGAAACCGCGGAGUGUGGCCAUGAAGCUAAGGCUCAGCCAGCUCAGCCAACUCCUGCCUCUAACCCCAAGCCUAAAGGCAAGGGUAAGAAGGGCCGAAAGGCUCACUAA